AUGGAGUUGCUACGGUCUAUUGUUGUCCCUUUGAUCCAGCCCUGUUUAUGUGGCUUGAGAGAGUGGUUGAAUGAGUAUGCCAAAAAUAAGAAGAAGAGGAAAACAUGCCAUUUGUGGUCCUUUAUGCCAGUAUUGCUGAAAACUUUGAAUGGCAAACUUUUGGCUGGCUGGGAGCCAAAUGGCUGGGAGGCCCCCAGCGGCCUCCCCCCGUGCAGUGCGCACACCGCCCCCGAGCGCCCCCCAGCGGCCUCCCCCCGUGCAGCGCGCACACCGCCCCCGAGCGCCCCCCACCGGCCUCCCCCCGUGCAGCGCGCACACCGCCCUCGAGCGCCCCCCAGCGGCCUCCCCCCAGUCAGCGCGCGCACAUCGCCCCGAGCGCCCCCCAGCGGCCUCCCCCGUCAGCGCGCGCACACCGCCCCCGAGCGCCCCCCAGCGGCCUCCCCCCGUGCAGUGCGCACGCCGCCCCCGAGCGCCCCCCACCGGCCUCCCCCCGUGCAGCGCGCACACCGCCCUCGAGCGCCCCCCCAGCGGCCUCCCCCCCAGUCAGCGCGCGCACAUCGCCCCGAGCGCCCCCCAGCGGCCUCCCCCGUCAGCGCGCGCACACCGCCCCCGAGCGCCCCCCAGCGGCCUCCCCCGUGCAGCGCGCCCCCCGCCCCCGAGCGCCCCCCAGCGGCCUCCCCCCGUCAGAGCGUGCAAACCGCCCCCGAGCGCCCCCCAGCGGCCUCCCGCGUCAGCGCGCGCCCCCCGCCCCCGAGCGCCCCCCAGCGGCCUCCCCCCGUCAGCGCGCGCCCCCCCGCCCCCGAGCGCCCCCCAGCGGCUUCCCCCCUCCAGCGCGCCCUUCCCUGCACGUACUGA